GUGAAAUACCAAAGACGAGUGGUGGUGUUGUUGUUUGUGUUGGUUGAACGAAUUAAUCAGAAUCCCACUCCGUUUGUUACUCAAGAAAUCACUACAUCAAAAUACAAAUUCCUCUCUUUCUAUAUCUCUCCUCCUUCCUUCUUCAUUCAAACUUACUCCAUGUAUGUAUCUCAAUAUUCAGUUCAGGAUUUAUAAAUCAAAUGCUGAAUGAUGCUUCAGUUGGAAAUGGUGUUCCAAUGGGUGACCAACACUGUGGUCAUCUAUCGGAUCUUGAGACACAGGGAAAUGCGGGGGGCAAUGACCACGGCUUAGUGAGAGAAUUAGCUGCCAACAACAGUGAUCAAACAGUGCUCACCAUUAUGGUUUCUGAUGGGGAAUCGUUUGAUCAGGUCGGCGUGACUGCAGAACCAGCAGGGAAGUUCACAAAGACCGUGGACUCCCCCGAGGAAGUAGUGGUCAAUGUGGAAUCUCCUAAGAAAUCUUACUUGUCAAGGAAUGCAAGUUCUCACGAACAGUGCAGAGUUUGUCAACAGGAAAAGGAAGAAGCUUUGAUAGAUCUUGGUUGCCAAUGUCGUGGUGGGCUUGCAAAAGCACACCUUUCAUGCAUAGGCACUUGGUUUCGUACAAGAGGUUCAAAUAAAUGCGAGAUAUGCCAAGAAGAAGCUGUAAACGUGCCUCCUCCAGAAUCCCAACCAAGUCAGAUGAGUUACUGGGUUUGGAGGGUUGACCCUGCAUUUAGAGGGUCUACUGUUCCGCAAGAACGUGAAAGGGGUUGUUUUACUCCACUUUGGGUAGCAUUCUCAAUCCUUAUUGGUGGUCUCUUGCUAGACGUGUUGAUAUCAGUCACCCUUGGUGUAUCUGCACUGCCAGUGAACAUUAUAAUUGGGGUUAUUGUUGUGCUGGGGCUUGGAACCGCUCUUCGGCUGGCAUUGGACUUCUGCCAUGAGUGGAGUGUAAGAAGAGUUGUGCAAACGGUGGAAACAAAUGCGAUUCCCGGCUACCAUCCUGCUUUAUAGGUAAAUUUGUACAUGAAUCGGAAAAGAAAAUUGUUCAAUGUAAAAAAUCAUUUCACUGUUGCUUGCUUUGUGAGGGGCACCAUUUUCCGGUCUCUACUUUCUGUUGUUGAUACACCAUGAUUUUGUGUGGGGAAACAUGAUUCCCAAUUAAAUAUUUUCUUUCAACUA